AUGUCUACUGCUCUCGCCAACAUUCGUCCUAUCGCCAUCACAGCUAACGGCAUCUUUGCUGGUCUUGGUCUUACAAUCUCAUUUGCUGCUGUCCCUGCUCUUCGUGCAGCUGGUUAUUCACCUCGUGCUUGGCAAGCCCUUUAUCGCCGUGGUGCUGUUAUCGGCAUUAGCAGCAUCCUCGUGUCCUCAGCAGCUCAUUUCACCACCUAUUACUUGACGCUUGACAAACGCGCCCUGUGGUGUGGUAUCAUUUCCUUCAUCAGUGCACCUUAUACCAUGAUCUUUAUGAAGCCCACCAAUGAUCGUUUGAACCUGCUGGCAGACACGAACAGCAAGGAAGACGCGUCCCAACUUGUUGAAAAAUGGGCUACACUUCAAUCUUUUCGAACGUUGGCAGGCCCACUUGCCUUUUUGCUUGCUGUAUUCUAA